AUGACUGACAGACUCACGCAACUACAAAUAUGUCUGGAUCAAAUGACGGAACAAUUCUGUGCAACACUUAACUAUAUUGACAAGAAUCACGAUUUCGAAGCGUCUGGCAAUGGCGAAGAUAAAAUGGCAGAUCCUCAAGCCACAAUUGCACCCAAAGAGGAGUUUGAAAAUACCAUUGACGAACUGUCUACAGAUCUGAUCUUGAAAACGAGACAAAUAACUAAACUCAUAGACUCAUUGCCUGGCGUGGACGUUUCUGCAGGAGAACAGAUGAACAGGAUAGAGGCAUUGCAGCAUCAACUGGUAAAAAUGGAAGACAAGAAAAUCGAGGCUAUAAAGCAGAAGGAAGAGUUGCUUAGAAAGGUCGAGGGAAUGAUAUUAGAUUUCACAAUCGGUAUCGCAGAUGCUCGUAGACCUGAACAGCAGCCUGAAAAAGAAUCAGGCAUCUAA